GAAGAAAGCAAAGGGACCAUGAGAACCAUGUGCACCGGUGAUUAUGUACUUUCUUAGUGAUCGUUGAAAGUUUGGUUACGGAGAAGAGAAUCGGCGUUGUGGUGAAUACAUCGUCGCGGGAUUACCAAAAGGGAGGAGAGGAGGAAAGAGCGUGGUCGGUGUUGGGUCGGAAGAUCCCCGAAAGGAAAGAAACAUGUCGCGGGAGAAAUGUGGCAGGCACAUCGUACGGACCUGGGCGAGGCCCCGGCGUCUUUUGCUGUCGUUUCUGCUUCUGUGUGGAACUCUCGCCGAUGCAACCAGAUUGAGGCAUUCGAGACACCUGGACGCACGAUCGCAACUCUCGAUCGAGGAGGAAUUAACGAUGCAGCAAGAUGAAAACCACAAUCACAAACCGGUCUUCUCCAAUUGUUCGAAUUACGCGCCUGUGGUGAAAGAGGAAGAGCCUGUGGGCACCGUGGUAAUUCAAGUGCACGCCGAAGAUAGGGACCAUCCCGACGACGGAGGCACGAUCACGUACAGCUUCGUAACAGCUCCUGGCGAGAAGCUAAAGUUCGAGAUCAACAACAGAACGGGGCUGAUCAGGACGACUCAGGUGUUGGACAGGGACGAGCCUGCUCGAGAGAAAGAGGCCUACCUGACCGUUCUCGCUACCGACAACGGCCGGCCACAAUUAGACGACGUGUGCACCUUCAAAGUGACCAUCGAAGAUGUCAACGACAAUUCCCCCGUUUUCGACAAAGUGGCAUACACCGAGUCCGUGCCGCAAGAUUUGCCUCUGGGACGCGAAGUGAUGAGAGUGUCCGCGACAGACAUCGACGACGGCAACAAUUCCGUCGUCUAUUACAGCUUGUCUCCGAAAAAGGCGGAAGACGGGGUCUACUUUCGAAUAGAUCGCAACACCGGUGUGAUAUUCCUGAAUAAAACGAUCGACAGGAAUCCCGAGCACAAGUUCAGCAUGACCGCAACAGCGGAGGAUCAAGGUAUAAAUCCCAAGACGAACGUAAUCGACUUGGAUAUUCGAGUGGUCGAGUCGAACAAGAAGGCUCCCGCGUUUUUACCACGACCCGCCGAACCGAUUCGACUGCAAGAGAAUUUUAGCGACUUCGACGCGAGUAUCGUGCGGCUGAAAGCUGUCUCGAACAGCGGUGAUAACACCGGUCUUUUGUUCGAGCUGGUUCCCGGCACCACCGAGCAAACCAACAAAGGGAACAGAUUUAGGCUGGAAUCGACCAAGGACGAGGCCGACAUCAAACUCUCCCAGCAUCUCGACUACGAGAGCAACACGAUGUACACGUUGAUCGUGCGCGUGCAGAACAAGAACCAGUUGGCUGCGGAGACCGUGAUCGACAUCGAGGUGCUGGACGUGAACGACAAUAUUCCGGUGUUCAGAGAGAUGAAGAAGGGUAGCGUUCUCGAGAACGAGCCAUCGGGAGUUCCCGUGAUGCAAGUGCGAGCCAUCGACGCCGACGGAACUUCCGCUCACAAUCAGGUUACUUACGAAUUGGACAACUUUCGGGAUCUGUUCGCCAUCGACAAGCACACCGGCAACAUCACCACUUUGACCACCUUCGACAGAGAAGUUGAAGACACGUACAACGUGAAGGUAAUCGCCGUGGAUAAUUCUCCUAGCGCUCUCUUCAAGACCGGCGAGCACAACAAGGGUCAGCAAGUGUUUCGGAUAGAAAUUGCGGAUAAAAACGACAAUGCUCCUCACUUCACUCAGGCUGUCUAUACCGCCAACUCUAUUCUCGAAAACGCGAAUAUCAACGAGCCCGUCACCGAGGUCAAGGCUCUCGAUUCGGACACUGCCAGUCCGGUCACGUACAGCAUCAUAUACGGCAACACGGACGACAGCUUUUACAUCGAGGAUACCACCGGAAAGAUUCGCGUGAAGAAGCCGCUCGAUUACGAGAAGAUCACCGAGUACAACUUGACCGUCAGAGCGUUCGACGGCGUCUACAACGACACCGCUCAGGUCAAGAUCUUUAUCGAGAACGUUAACGACAAUCCGCCGGUAUUCGAGAACUUCGACAAGAAUCCUACCAUCGAACAGCGUACCGAGCUCGAACGUCUUACAGGUUGCAUCACUGUCGUGGUUGCCUACGACCCUGAUAUAAAGAACAGGAGCGCCGAUCAGCAUAUCGCCUACUUCAUCGUGAAAGAGGAUCAACAACCUCUGAUCAGCAUCAACAAAUCUGGCUGCAUGACCCUGAAGAAGCCUCUCGAUAGAGACGCACCUAACGGAUACUCCAUGUGGACUAUGAUCGUGAUGGCGCGGGACGAGGACGGAGCUCCUACCGCGUUGCGGGAACUGGUAAUGGUGAACAUCACGUUGAUCGACAUAAACGACAAUGCACCGUUCCUCGACAUGCCGUAUCCCGUGAUCUGGAAGGAGAACCAGCCUCCAGGGAAGAUCACGGAGCUGAAGGCUCGAGACUGGGAUUCGGACGAGAACGGACCUCCGUUUCACUUCCAGAUCGACAAAAAUACCGCCGACGCGGAGAUCCAGGCGAAAUUUACGAUCCGUGACGCCGAGUUGUUCGCGCGAGUCCAGUUCGACAGAGAGAAGAGAAAGAGCUACGACAUUCCCAUAGCUAUUACGGACAGCGGUAAGCCACCGAUGACCGGAACGUCCACGCUGACGGUGAUUAUCGGCGACGAGAACGACAACGCGAUGUCCGAAGGAUCGAGUUCGAUAUUCGUCUACAAUUACAAAGGUGAAGCGCCGAAAACUGAGAUCGGCAGGGUGUACGUGAACGAUUCCGACGACUGGGACUUGCCGGACAAACACUUCGCCUGGGCCUCGUCGCACGACUCUUUCGAUUUAAAUUCGACCACAGGCAUGAUCACCAUGCUUCCGGGUAUUACCAACGACACGUUCGUCCUAAAGUUCCUAGUCACCGAGCACAGCGUGCGCAUACCACGGCAUCAGGUGGACGCUUAUGUGAACGUCACCGUGAAGGAGCUACCCGAGGAAGCGGUGUCCAGGUCGGGUUCGGUCCGUUUUUACGGAAUGACCGCCGAGGAUUUCGUCGCACCUGACGAGUCUGCCGUCAGCAAGAAAGAGAUAUUCCAGGAAAGAAUCGCGAACAUGCUGAACACGUCGGUCGAGAACGUGGACGUGUUCACGGUGCUACAUUCUCCCCAUCACAACAACAACAGCUUGCUCGACGUCCGAUUCUCGGCCCACGGCAGUCCUUAUUACGCCCCCGAGAAGCUCAACACGAUCCUCGCGCAGCAUUCCAAAGAGAUCGAGAGGGAAUUGGAGACGGAUAUCCUGUUGGUGAACAUCGACGAGUGUCUGUUCGAGAAACUCCACUGUAACGAUACUUGUCGCAGCUACUUGAACGCCAGCACCAUUCCGUCCCCAGUCUAUACCAAUACCAGCACCUUCGUCGGCGUCAGAGCUGUAGUGGAUCCGCAGUGUACCUGCCACGUGGCAGAGCCGAUCGUUUGCCUGAACGGAGGCACGCCUCUAGCCGAGAGAUGCGAGUGCCCGCCAGGCCUCGAGGGACCAAGGUGCGAACUCCUCGGCAUUGGCUUUUACGGCGACGGUUGGGCCGUCAUGCCGCCGCCUGGCCAAGCCUGCGACGACUCUCAUUUGGGUCUCGAGAUAACGCCUCACGUCGACAACGGUCUCGUCUUUUACUUCGGUCCGAUGACCUACAGCCCGAAGAUCGCGAUCCAAGACUUUAUGGCUCUGGAGCUUCAACAGGGAUACGCGGUUCUUUAUAUGGAUUACGGAACGGGCACCGUGCGACUCGAUCAACGCCAGAUCAAGCUCACCGAUGGAAAGAGCCACAGGAUAGACGUCUACUUCACGAAAAACGCCAUCGAGAUGAAAGUGGACAACUGCGGUAUCUCAGCUUGCAUGAGCCUAACUGCUCCACAAGGAUCGAACGAAUUCCUAAACGUGAACAGCCCCAUGCAGAUUGGUGGUACUCUGACUAACCUCGCGCAGCUAGCUUCCCAAUUGGGAUGGGAUUACAAGCCAACCGACCGAGGAUUCGUCGGUUGCAUACGCAACAUGACUUUCAACGGAAAUACGUACAAUCUGGGAAUGCCUUCGUUAUCGAGAAACGCCGAUCCUGGCUGUGACCACGGAAUGGCCAAGGCCGUCUCUUUCGGGAUCGAUACCAACUUUAUCGUCGCGAUCCUGGUUUGCAUCGCGAUUCUCUUGAUCCUGUUGCUAGCCGUGGUGGUGCACAGACGAAAAACCGACGACCUCUACAAGGAUAUGGACGACAUCAGAGAAAAUAUCAUCAAUUACGAAGACGAAGGUGGCGGCGAAGUGGAUACCGGCUACGACUUGAACGUUCUUCGAACUAUCUACGACGCUCCGCCGAUCGAUUCGAAAAUAACACCGGUUGGCCUGCAGAGCAGAGGUGGUGGUCCCGACGAAGUACCGGACAUUUGUGGCUUCCUGGACGGCAAGAAGGAGAGCUGCGACAAAGACCCAGACACGAACCCCUUCGACGACGUCAGGCACUACGCGUACGAGGGUGAAGGCAACUCCGAAGGUUCCUUGUCGUCUUUGGCCUCGUGCACCGACGACGGAGAUCUCAAGUUCAAUUAUUUGUCGAACUUUGGACCGAGGUUCCGGAAGCUGGCUGACAUGUACGGAGAGGAACCGAGCGACGAGGAGAGCGACGGCGUCGGCGAACGGGAGAGCGAGAGUUGGUGUUGAAAUUCCCGCGAUUCUUCGAGCUUCGAAUCGAAUCUCCGUUAGCUUCUUUCUUGGCGAAGCAACGACCAAGUCCGCGACGCUUCGCCGCCUCGUGUGUACUUAACCGGGAUUCGAGGA